AUGAGUUCUACUUUGGUUAUCAACGGUAAAGCCCCUGUGGUUGCCUAUGCCGAAUUGAUCGCUGCUCGUCUUGUCAACGACUCCAAGAGUGAUGCCUCUGUCACUGUUGAAUUUGUCGACGACAAGAAGAGUGCUGCUGCUACUUUCGAUGGCAAGUCUGACAAUGCUCUAGAGGCUAUUGUUGCCAAGUUCCCUGAAAUCUUGGGUGCUAAUGAGGAGUCCAAGCCUUGGAUCAAGUUGGCUGCUGAAGAAUUGGUUAUCAAGAACUUCCAAAAGCUUGCUCAAUCUCUAGAAAAGCUAGACGCUCAAUUGAACUUUAGAACAUACAUCAACGGUGGCUUGAAGUUUGACUCCGCUGACAUUGCCUGUUGGGGUGCUUUGAGAUCCAACGGUAUGGUUGGUUCCAUCAUCAAGAACAAGGUCUACGUCAACGUUUCCCGUUGGUACUUGCUCCUAGAGUCCAACCCUUCCUUUGGUCAAUCUCACGAGUUCUUGACCAAGUCUCUACAAGAAUUGAAGAAGGCUGCUAAUGCCGGUAAGAAGAAGGAGUCCCACAAGGCUAACUUUGAAAUUGAUCUUCCAGAUGCCAAGAUCGGCGAAGUUGUCACCCGUUUCCCACCUGAACCUUCUGGAUACUUGCAUAUUGGUCACGCUAAGGCCGCUUUAUUGAACCAAUAUUUUGCUCAAGCCUACAAGGGUAAGUUGAUCAUCAGAUUUGAUGACACUAACCCAUCUAAGGAGAAGACCGAGUUCCAAGACUCUAUUCUAGAGGAUUUGGAACUAUUGGGUAUCAAGGGUGACAGAAUUACUUACUCCUCAGACUACUUCCAAGAGAUGUAUGAAUUGUGUGUUAAGUUGAUCAAGGAGGGUAAGGCUUACUGUGACGACACUCCAACUGAAAAGAUGAGAGAAGAACGUAUGGAUGGUAUUGCAUCUGCUAGAAGAGAGCGCUCCGUUGAAGAAAACUUGAAGAUCUUCACCGAAGAUAUGAAGAAUGGUACUGAAGAAGGUUUGAAGAACUGUGUUCGUGCUAAGAUCGACUACGCUGCUUUGAACAAGACUCUAAGAGAUCCUGUCAUUUACAGAUGUAACUUAACUCCACACCACAGAACCGGUUCCGAAUGGAAGAUGUACCCAACUUAUGAUUUCUGUGUUCCAAUUGUUGACUCCAUCGAAGGCGUUACCCACGCUCUACGUACCAUCGAAUACAGAGACCGUAAUGCUCAAUACGAUUGGUUCUUGGAUAACUUGAACUUGAGAAAGGUCCACAUCUGGGAUUUUGCCAGAGUCAACUUCGUUAGAACUUUGCUAUCCAAGAGAAAGCUACAAUGGAUGGUUGACAAGAACCUAGUUUCCAACUGGGACGACCCAAGAUUCCCAACUGUCAGAGGUGUCAGAAGAAGAGGUAUGACUGUUGAAGGUUUGAGAAACUUUGUUCUUUCUCAAGGUCCUUCCAGAAAUGUUAUUAACCUAGAAUGGAACUUAAUUUGGGCUUUUAACAAAAAGGUUAUUGACCCAGUUGCCCCAAGACACACUGCUAUCGUUAACCCAGUCAAGAUCCACAUCGAAGGCGCUCCAGAAUCUCCAAAGACUGAAAUGAAACCAAAGCACAAGAAGAAUCCUGCUGUUGGUGAAAAGAAGGUCAUCUACUACCAGAACGUUGUCAUUGACAAGGAGGAUGCUGAUUCUAUUGAAGACAACGAAGAAGUCACUCUUAUGGACUGGGGUAACAUCAUCAUCACAAAGAAGAAUGCUGACGGUUCCAUGGAAGCUAAGCUUCAUCUGGAAGGUGACUUCAAGAAAACCAAGCACAAACUUACCUGGUUGGCCGACACUGACGAUUCUGUCAAGGUCGAUUUAGUUGACUUCGAUCACUUGAUCAGCAAGGACAAACUUGAAGAAGAUGAAAGUUUUGAAGACUUCCUAACUCCUCAAACUGAAUUCCACACUGAGGCUAUUGCUGAUCUAAACGUCAAGGACAUGAUCGUCGGUGACAUUAUUCAAUUUGAGAGAAAGGGUUACUACAGACUAGAUGCCGAAGCCAAGGAUGGUAAACCUUACGUCUUCUUCACUAUCCCAGAUGGUAAGUCUGUUAACAAAUACGGUGCCAAGAAAUAA